GAUGCGCUGAAAACCUUAGGAGCUCGAAAAAUGUGGGGAGGACUGACAAAUAGUCACGAGAAUGCAACAGACGUAGCAAUUUGUUUAUGCUGAUGAUUGGCAGUUCGCCAUAUUUUUCUUUUGAAUUUUACAGUAGUGUUUGGUAACAUAAGCUAGGUUAGAUUUAAUUUGUGUCUACUGGGUGGGUGGGAUCUAAUAUUAGGUCAAAGCAAAUCAAAAUAUACAAGCAUGCAGUGAAUUUCGGGUAAAUAUCAGGGAAGAUCAAGAAGUGACACCGUUUGAUUCAGACUGCUUUGAACGGCCUCGGGUCGCUUCCUUCCCGAAGACGAAGAUCUCCCAGUGUAAAUCCGCAGCAUUUCCGCCAUGAGUCAACUAACUCCCCAAAAGGUGAAGGAGCAUUUAGAGAAGCUUGGCUACACCAACAUCCCAAAGAAGGAGCUGCAGGUGUUUACCCGCGACCUGCAGCGUCUGGUCAACUACGAGACGAGCAGUCGCAGCGGCACCGAGCACUCGACCUACAGCCACAGCCAGGGCCGGCGCGGCGACUGCCGGCGCCACCGGCGCUCCGAGCUCGAGUCGAUCCCCGAGGACCGCAGCCAGGCCACCACGCAGCGCUCCCGGUGCCGCAGCCAGUUCAGCCGCGGCUGGGACACGCGACCGCCGCCGGCCGGCACCAGUGACUUCUUUGACCUGACGGGCACCCGGUGCCGUCCGCGCGCUCGCUCCGUCGACACGCGCUCCGACAGUCUGGGCUCGCUGGAGGAGACGAUGCGGGAGCUGGCCGGCGCCGAUGACGCGGCCUCCAGCGUUACGGACUCGUCUGUGGGGGCGCCGGUGCCGGCGGCGGCCGCCACUCGGCAGGAGUGGCUGCCGCAGGUCCGCGACGGCGCCGAGGAGCUGCUCAAGGCCGGCUUCCGGGUGCGCUGCGACAUGCUGACCAAGCCAAUCCGCUCCAGCCCGGCCAGCCGGCACCGCUGGUACGAGGAGGUCUGGAAGAGGAACCCCGUGCCCACUGAAGACAGUCACUACAACAUCCGAUCGGCAGUCCGCUUCGCCCUGGACACGUACGACUUCAAGCCGCGACCGAUGCCCAAGCCGACGGAUGUGUGGCAGGGUCCGCUGCUGAGGACGCAGCCAGACGCCUCCUACAAGAUGAACUACGACAACGCGCUGAACAGAUUCCCACUCAACGUUCGGGAGGGAAAGAAAAAUUGCCAGUAACCGAGCCUCAACGGUCCAAGUGUCUUCGUCCAAACAAGAAUGUCCCGUGAUGUUGUCCUGCCUAGGGUAUACCAAUAGCAAAAAUACAAAUUCAUUUACAAACGAAUGCAAACAACCUUUUGCAUUUUACCGUCAUUCUGUAUGGGUUUUGUGAUAUCGAAAUGCAUUCAGAGUUGAAAACAA